GCAACGGCCAGCUCGGGCAGCUUGUCAAAAGGCAGUGCGCGACCGAGCUGCCAUGAAAACAUCUCCCGCGUCGGCGCGUGCGUGGACGGGCCCCACGGUCUUCAUUCCCGCUCCCGAAUCCACGCGGUGAAGGGCCGGCAAACGGGCGGCGAUGCGGCGUUUGACGGGAGCUGAUAGCUGGCCACGCCCCCUCCGCCUGAGCGUUUCACUGGAUGACGGCCUGCGACAAUGGUGAUGUCAUGAAUAAAUUUGAGGUCCUGGGGAUUGUGGGAGAAGGCGCCUAUGGUGUGGUUCUCAAGUGCCGACACAAGGACACCAAUGAGAUUGUGGCCAUCAAGAAGUUCAAAGACAGCGAAGAAAAUGAGGAGGUGAAAGAGACAACGCUGCGUGAGCUCAAGAUGCUGCGCACGCUCAAGCAGGAGAACAUCGUGGAACUCAAGGAGGCCUUCAGGAGGAGAGGGAAGCUCUACCUGGUCUUUGAGUACGUGGAGAAGAACAUGCUGGAGCUGCUGGAGGAGCUGCCCAAUGGCGUUGCUGCAGAGAAGGUGCGAAGCUACAUCUACCAGCUGAUCAAGGCCAUCCACUGGUGCCACAAACACGACAUCGUCCACCGCGACAUCAAGCCUGAGAACCUCCUCAUCAGCUCCGACGAUGUCCUCAAGUUGUGCGAUUUUGGCUUUGCACGCAACCUCUCUGAGGGCACCGACGCCAACUACACCGAAUAUGUUGCCACCAGAUGGUACCGCUCUCCUGAACUCCUGCUCGGAGCUCCAUACGGCAAAGCGGUGGAUAUGUGGUCUGUGGGAUGCAUUCUGGGGGAAUUGAGCGACGGGCAGCCUCUGUUCCCUGGUGAGAGUGAGAUCGACCAGCUGUUCACCAUCCAGAAGGUGCUGGGACCUUUACCUCCUGAACACAUGAAACUCUUCUACAACAAUCCUCGCUUCCACGGCCUUAGGUUCCCUGCUGUCAAUCAUCCUCAUACCUUGGAGCGCAGAUACUUGGGCAUCAUCGGAGGCGCUCUGCUGGACCUGUUGAAGAGUCUGCUGCUGCUCAACCCCAGCGAGCGCUUCCUGACGGAGCAGAGCCUCAACCACCACGCCUUCCAGAACCUCCGGCUGCUGGAGCGCCCCGGCCCGCCCACGCCCACGCCCGUGCGCUCCUCCAAGAGGAAGCCUCACCAUGGAGACACCACCCCCAGCAGGAGUCACGCUGGCAAAGGUGCGGGCGUCCAUCGCUCCAGCACCAGGGAGUGUUCCAGCCUUCCUCGCCACGAGGACCUGCACCCCAACACCACCACCACCACCACCAUGAACGGCAGCCUGAGCCCCACCCUGCACCCCAAGACCUACCAGCCCUUCAGCCACUCCACCUCCUGCACCGUGGACCUGGCCGCCGCCAACCUGCCCCACCUGCUCAGCCCCGCCGAGGCCAAGACCAAGGGCGACUUCGAACCCAAGGGCUCCGACGGGCCCGGGGCCAAGUACCUGAAGUCCAACUCGCGCUUGCAGCAGCACCGCCACUCCUUCGUGGAGGGGAAGACAAGCACGCUGCAGUCGGGGUCCGGGGACAAACAUGGCCGACACAACUACCUGGACGCACCCAAGUUUUCUUACCUGAACCUGUCCAAGAGCUACGGCACGCUCAGCGACGCCAAGUCCGUGGGCAACCUCAACGACGUGCACCUGUACGCCGAGGAGCCCGCCGCCCGCUACUUCCCCAGCAGCUGCUUGGACCUCACCGCCCCCGGCAGCCCCGCCGUGCGCCGCCUGGAGCGCCCCGGCGCCAGAGGGAGCACCCGCUCGGAGCGGGAGAGCAACACGCUGGACUCUUCCUACCGCCGCUCCUCCGUCCGCCACAAGGCCUCGGAGGAGGCCAGGGCGCCGGACGCCCAGGAGCCGGCGGAGGGCGCCCGCGAACCGGGGUCCUACGGGCAGGGCUACAGCAGCCCCUUCUCGUCCCAGCAGAGGCCGCACCGCCACUCCAUGUACGUGCGCAGGGACCACCAGAGGACUCACGGGGCCGACCAGGGUCUCUUGGUGGGUCAGGGCGGUCCCACCCGGGCCAGCAGCCUGCAGCUUCUGUCCCCUCAGCUGCAGCAUCGCACGCUACCUCGCCACUCUGCGUCCCGGGAGGACGACAUGAGCCGGGUGGGCGUGUACCACGAGGCUCAGGUGGACGAUGGCUCCUCCUCCAAGGAGAACCGCAACAUCUACAGUGAGUCCAUGCCUCGCAGGGUGGGCAGCUUCUACAGAGUACCUUCCCCUCGACCAGAUAACUCCUUCCAUGAUGGCCGCUCUCAGGGUCGGGGGUCAAACAUGGGGGGCGAUGGCGGCAACAUGGCCAACCACUCCAAACGCCAGACAACCUUUGACCCCUGGACGGGGCCCGACACGCUGGUCCUCAACCCCGCGGAACCUUCCAAGGAAAAGGAGAAAGCAGGAUUCUUCCGGGCGAUGAAAAAGAAAAAGAAAAAACCUCAAAUGGUGCCCAGCGAGGAGGCGGUUUUGCAGAAGGCGUCCAGGUGUCAUCAGAGGGGGGGCCACCGGAGGCGGGACAAGAGCAGGGAGAGGGAGCAGGAGCGGGACAAAGACUGGGCAGACUCCCACUCGCCGCAGAGCCAACCCCUCAAGUCGCUGCGCAAACUCCUCCACCUCUCCUCCUCCUCCUCCUCCUCCCCCGCCCCGCCGCCCCCCGGCGACAUGCGCUACCAGCCGCUUCCCGCCACCGCCGUCAACGCUCAGGGCGCCUUCCCUGAGGGGCGGAGCCACGCGGGGGUCGCCACCCCGCAGCUAAAGAGCAGACAGUCGGCCUACCCGCUGCCUGGCCAGCUGGAGCCCGGCUGGCACGCGUCUGCUUUGGCACGCUCCGAUGCCAACCCUUACCCUGAGAAAAUGGCCGCCAAGGUAGGACAGAACGGUCACGGCUUCGGGAGAACAUCAUCAUCAUCACGCUCUCGUGUCGCCAACAUCAACGACCUCAAGGAGACCGCACUGUGAGGGACGACGUUAUAUACACACACACACACACACACACAUAUAUAUAUAUAUGUAUAUAUAUAUGUAUAUAUACAU